AUGACCGUAUUGCGCAACAAGUUUAGUGUCUAUGCAUAUUGUGUUUUGUGGCCACCUGAACACACAGAAGAUCCGUAUUUUAUAAAACAAGGAUUAAAAAGGAUGCUGACCUGGUCUUUUCUGGGGGAUUGUACUCCGUGGGGUGAACUGCGAAUCACCACUCAAAGGCUUGCAUCCUGUCCAAGGCCUGGUUCAAGAUGGUCGAGAACUUGCUGCAGAUUUGAACUUAUCAUUUCCUUUCCGAUCCAUAAAGCACGUGCCUGCAUUUUCCUCUCAAACCAAAAUAGCAAAGACCAGGAAGGGGAAGACUUAGGAAACAUAAAGUUGGCAUUAGAUGUCUCAAGAUCCACAGCUUCCCCAGUACUCCUGGAAUUGCUUCAGUGCAAGAGCAAGGAACUCUUUGAUGAGGUGUUUCAGCCAAGACCAGAAGACGGCGAUGUGAGUGUCUUCUGCUAUGCAGAGUUUAAGCUUAGACUGAUGGGCUAUUCAUGCCUCAUCCCUGGAUUCUCCACAUUACUGGCAAACCUAAUUUUGCCAGAUAGGGUUGAAGAUAUCGCCAGUCAGACCCAUGACUCGGUGAAAUGGGAGAAAGAAUACAACUUUGGCAAAACCUCCCUUAUCUGCAAUACCCGUUUGUCUAAGUGUUUGAAAACAUGACAUUGUAUGAGGCUGUUGA